CACAUGGUGGCGCCAGCCCCUCUGCUUUCCUCCCCUCAGAGCCCAUUAAAAGCAGUGACGGGCUGUUUGAGAACCUGCCAGCCUCGUCCAGUAGCCUGCGUCUGCUCUGUGCUGAGUCUGCUCUGUAGACUGGGAGGGGUGGAACCGAGAGUGGUACGGGGAAGGCCGCGAUCCUUCUUCCCAAUCCCUCUCUUCCCGUUUCUGGCUGGGGCGGAGACCAGUCCCCAUGGUAACGAAUCUGCCUGGAGGAAGGAGCCCUUCCCUGCCUGCGGAAUUGUCCUGAGUCAUAGCUUUGGGCUGGGGCCAUGGGAAGAAACCAUUGUAUAGCAGGGCAGGAAGCAGCCCCGAGGCCCAGCCCUGAGCAAGCAGAGCCACGAGGCCUCUGCUGAGAAGGCCAUGGCAGGGCCCCUCCGGCAGGCCCGAGCCCUGCAGCCAGCCUUCCCAGCAGCCUGGCUGCCCCUGCCCCGGCCUCCCUGCCAGCACUCCCUGGUGUGAGGGCCCUGCUGCACCGUGCCAGCCAGCGGGCCACAGCUACUGCUCCGAGGCCUGUGGGGAGUCUCGGCAGGGGGGGGUGUUUGGGGAGGGAUGGGUGUUGGCAAGAGAGGGACCCGGCAGGCUGACUUAGCAGGGCGGGCCUGGCUCUCACCAGCCUGGUAGGCGGGCUCAGGCUAAGUUUCACUUCCCACCUCUGGGGCCAGCAGCAAGAUCCAGCUGGUGUGCACGGCCCAAGUCCCUGCUGCCUGCCUGCUACUUGGCUCAGUGGCAGGUACCAUGUGCUCGCAGGCCCUGCCCCCAGGGCCCAUGCAGACCCUCAUCUUCUUGGACCUGGAGGCCACCGGACUGCCCUUCUCCCAGCCCAAGAUCACAGAGCUGUGCCUGAUGGCCAUCCACAGGUGUGCGCUGGAGAACCCCCCCACCCCUCGGGGGCCUCCUCCCACGGUGCCCCCACCACCCCGAGUGGUGGACAAGCUCUCCCUGUGUGUAGCUCCUGGGAAGCCCUGUAGCCCUGCAGCCAGCGAGAUCACCGGCCUGAGCACAGCCAUGCUGGCGGCGCACGGGCGUCACCGUUUCGACGCCGACCUGGCCAACCUGCUCCUGGCCUUCCUGCAGCGCCAGCCACAGCCAUGGUGCCUGGUGGCUCACAACGGCGACCGCUACGACUUCCCCCUGCUCCAGGCAGAGCUGGCUGCGCUGGGUGAGGCCAGGGCUCUGGAUGGUGCCUUCUGUGUGGAUAGCAUCGCUGCUCUGAAGGCCCUGGAGCAGGCCGGCAGCCCCCACCAGCAAGGCCCAUGGAAGAGCUACAGCCUGGGCAGCAUCUACACACGUCUGUACGGACAAGCCCCGCCGGACUCGCACACGGCCGAGGGGGACGUCCUAGCCCUGCUCAGCAUCUGCCAGUGGAGGCCGAGGGCCCUGCUGCAGUGGGUGGAUGCCCACGCCAGGCCUUUCAGCGCCGUCAAGCCCAUGUACGGGGUCACAGCCUCUACUGGAACCAGCUCAGGGUCAUCUGCUGCCACAGCCACUGCAUGCCUGGCCAGAGCCAGAGACACCAGCCCCAAGCUUGGGAGGAGCAGGAGGUCCAAGGUCCUUUCUCCAAUAAAGGACCCAGAAUCCUUACGCACGGAGGGACUGCUGGCCCCACUGGGCCUGCUUGCCUUGGUGACCGUGGCGGUGGCCACACUGUAUGGGCUGUCUCCGGCCACACCUGGGCAGUAGGCUGAGGAGGAGAGGCUGACUAAUAAAGACCCACAGCACUGAG